GUUUGAGGGGUGGGGCCAACUCAACAUCAUGCAUGCGGAGUCUCCUGCACUAGAUGGGGUUGGAUGCAAAUACCCCAGGAUUGUGAAUGACUUGUCUGAGUUGGAAGGUUUCCGACGCUUAAAAUUGGAUUUAUGUGGAAAUUGCAUCAAGGGUCAUGUAGGAGGAGUUCUUUUGAAACCAAACAAGUUACGAAUUUUCCCUUAUAAAAAGGAAAUUGAGACCCGACAACUCACUGGAUCUCACCAUAAGAGGUUUGCAAUGCACAGCAGGUCCUGGCACAGACAGUGUUGUCACGCGUAGGAGUCCAGAACCUUUCUCCAGCUUCUAUAAGCAGCCCCACUCCUCUCCCUCCCACCACACCUCCUCAGAGCAUCUUUAAUAAGACACAUGCUCCGGGGCUCAGGCUCUCAUUCACACCAAACGCUCCUUGGCCAUCCCCCAACAGGCUGCCUGCCCCACUUCUAGCCCCGCCGAGUCUUCAUGGGUUGAACUGACAGGAGUGCCACACUCUCCUCUCCUCCUUUUUCCACCUCUCCUCUCCUCUCAUACUCCACGCAUCGCUCCUCCAUUACAUCGUCAACACACACACACACACACACGCAGACCACCGUUAUGGCUUGUGCCCCGGGAAUGUUUGGAUUUGCAGCCGCAGGAGCAUAAUCCUCUACUGAAGGGAGUUGCGGACGCAGCAGCCCCAUAGAGAGAGACCGUGAGAGACAGAGAGCGAGUGAGAGAGAGAGAGACCCAGAGGACAGAAGCAGCAGGGAGGAGCAGCAACAGCAGCAGCGGCGGCAGAGUGAUCCACCUGUCACAGAGUGAAAGGGGCCCCCCGCCUGAUCUGUCUGCCUGCAGGGGGGACCCCGCGUGGCCGGUCAGCACCAGGGACUAUGCAGCUGGGACUGGUGGCUCUGGCGAUGGUCUUUCUCGGAUCCAUGGGUCACAGCGACAGCGGCCUCAAGCUCUCAAAGGGACGGAGGCAGAGACGGAUUAGCACUGAGGGGCCACCAUCUUGCUCAAAUGGCUGUGAGCGAUGUUCCGAAUACAAUGGCUGUAUAAAAUGUAAGCCCAAACUCUUCAUUCUCCUGGAGCGCAACGACAUCCGCCAGAUAGGCGUGUGCCUCGCCUCGUGCCCACAGGGAUACUUCGGCAUGCGGACUCCCGAUACCAACAGAUGCAUUCAAUGUAAAAUAGAGAAUUGUGAGGAGUGUUUCAAUCGAAAUUUUUGCACAAAAUGUAAGGAGGGCUUAUAUUCACACAGAGGGCGAUGCUACCCCAGCUGCCCUGAAGGCCUCAGCACCACCAACGGGACCAUGGAGUGUGUAGAAUGUGAACUGGGCGAAUGGAGCCCAUGGGGUUCCUGUAUGAAGAAGAACAAGACGUGUGGCUUUAAGAAAGGCACACAGACCAGAAUGCAAGAGCUUCUUCAUGCCUCCAGCACUGACACAGUAUCUGCGUCAUCCCCCCAGCCAUGUGCUCCACAGACUGAGAGACAGAAGUGCACAGUGCAGAAGACACCAUGUGGAAAAGGAGAUGGGAAUAAGAAUAAGGGCGAGCGACGAGACCAGCAGAAGAGGCGAGACAAAGAAAACGUCCGAGGCCAUGGCAAAGAGGGUGGCAAAGAGGGUGGCAAGAAGGGUGGCAAAGAGGGAGGAAAAGAAGGAAGCAGAGAGGGGGGCAAAGAGGGAGGAAAAGGAGGAAGAGAGGGUGGCAAGGGAGGCGGCAGGAGGAAAAAGGGCCAAAACCAGGCCACCUCCGCGCCCAGCCUUACCCCUACUAGCACUGUAGCCUAGGCCUUACUCACGUUGGGACUUAGUGGGGACAAGGAGGGACAAAAACAAGGCGACUAGGCAACACCCACCUGCAUUGGCCAUUAUUAAGAGACAGACAGUGGACAGAGGAGACAAUAUCAAACUGAUGAAGAAAAGGAUUAAUGCUGCUAUGCAUUCUAGAAGAUGCUCUAAGAGAACUGGAGGAUUGCUGCAAUAAAUGAGGAUCAAGACUUGGACUUAUCAGACUUGGAGGGAAGAGGGUGAAUGUGCAAUGUGGAGGGUUCCACUGUAAGCCUUGCAGUAGGGUCAACAUGUUUCAUUUCACCGCUCCCAGGUUUAUCAUGGAGUUGGCAGAUGGAGAUCCCAGUGGCUGAACAGUGGAAGACACUGAAUAUGAAUAUGAGAAUUUCAAGAUGGAGUCUUCACAAUGAUCAAGGAUCUCUACAAUCCAUUAGAAUCCCUGAUGUGCUUUUCAAAAUCAAUUUUUCAUUGUUGACGACUCAUGUUUUGUGAAUGGUAGCAAGUAGAUAUUUCUAAGGAGAUGUUGUUGUAAUUGAUAUAGAGAAAAUGAACAGUAUUAAGAUUCUUUAUUUUAAUUCUAUUUUAUGAUUAAAUAAAAUAAAGGCACUGGAACAAAUGUGUGGUUUUGAAGGAAAACAUAUUUUAAUGACAUUUUUGGUUUGUAGAGAAUCUACUCCAAAACAAACCAGCAACAAUAUAGAGAAGAUUUAUACAGCUUUAGUUCAAAUCCUGAUCUGGUGUUAGACAAAGGUUACCCACAUAAUAGCUUAGUUCUUAAUUUCAAAUAGAAUAAUGUUUUGCUAUCUUCAGCAUAAAAGGUUUAGGAUUGAAAACUGUGUGUUGUGUAUGUGUGUGUUGUGAGUAUGUGUGCGUGUGUCUGUGUGUGCAUUCGUGCCAGUCUGUAAUGUUACAGAAUUUCAGCAAAAUGUUUUUGUGAAGUAGUGGUAACACAAGUGUAUGUAUAUUUGUGUGGCUAUAUUGUAUGUGUUUCUGCACAUAAGCUUAAUGUGUGUGUGUACGUUUCAAUCUGGUAGAAUGGGAAAUGUUAUAUAAACUCAGCAAAAAAAGAAACGUCCCUUUUUCAGGACCCUGUCUUUCAAAGAUAAUUCGUAAAAAUACAAAUAACUUCACAGACCUUCAUUGUAAAGGGUUUAAACACUGUUUCCCAUGCUUGUUCAAUGAACCAUACACAAUUAAUGAACAUGCACCUGUGGAACGGUUGUUAAGACACUAGGCAAUUAAGGUCUUAGUUAUGAAAACUUAGGACACUAAAGAGGCCUUUCUACUGACUCUGACAAACAUCAAAAGAAUGAUGCCCAGGGUCCCAGUUCAUCUGCGUGAAUGUGCCUUAGGCAUGCUGCAAGGAGGCAUGAGGACUGCAAAUGUGGCCAGGGCAAUAAAUUGCAAUGUCCGUACUCUGAGACGCCUAAGCCAGCGCUACAUGGAGACGGGACGGACAUCUGAUUGUCUUGGCAGUAGCAGACCAUGUGUAACAACACCUGCACAUGAUUGGUACAUCCGAACAUCACACCUGCGGGACAGGUACAGGAUGACAACAACUGCCCGAGUUACACCAGGGUCGCACAGUCCCUCCAUUAGUGCUCAGACUGUCCGCAAUAGGCUGAGAGAGGUUGGACUGAGGGCUUGUAGGCCUGUUGUAAGGCAGGUCCUCACCAGACAUCACCGGCAACAACGUCGCCUAUGGGCACAAACCCACCGUUGCUGUACCAGACAGGACUGGCAAAAAGUGCUCUUCUCUGACGAGUUGUGGUUUUGUCUCACCCGGGGUGAGGGUCCGAUUCACAUUUAUUGUUGAAGGAAUGAGCGUUACACCGAGGCCUGCACUCUGGAGCGGGAUUGAUUUGGAGGUGGAGGAUCCAUCAUGGUCUUGGGCGGUGUGUCACAGCAUCAUCGGACUGAGCUUGUUGUCAGUGCAGGCAAUCUCAACGCUGUGCGUUACAGGGAAGACAUCUUCCUCCCUCAUGUGGUACCCUUCCUGCAGGCUCAUCCUGACAUGACCCUCCAGCAUGACGAUGCCACCUGCUAUACUGCUCGUCUUGUGCAUGAUUUCCUGCAAGACAGGAAUGUCUGUGUUCUGCCAUGGCCAGCAAAGAGUCCGGAUCUCAAUCCCAUUGAGCAUGUCUUGGACCUGUUGGAUCACAGGGUGAGGGCUAGGACCAUUCCCCCCAUAAAUGUCCGGGAACUUGCAGGUGCCUUGGUGGAAGAGUGGGGUAACAUCUCACAGCAAGAACUGGCAAAUCUGGUGCAGUCCAUAAGGAGGAGAUGUACUGCACUACUUAAUGCAGCUGGUGGCCACACCAGAUACUGACUGUUACUUUUGAUUUUGAUCCCCGCCCCCUUUGUUCAGGGACACAUUAUUCAAUUUAUAUUACUCACACCUGUGUUACAUGUUCAGUUCAUGUCUCAGCUGUUGAAUCUUGUUAUGUUCAUACAAAUAUUUACAUAUUAAGUUUGCUGAAAAUAAACGCAGUUGACAGUGAGAGGACGUUUCUUUUUUUGCUGAGUUUAUAUGAUGAGAGAGACCAUUGUAAAGGCACAGUAAUAUAUCAACGCAUCAAUAUUUCCAUAAUCAUAUGCCUCUGGUUACAUGUAAACCAUCUACAGCUGCUCAGUAAUCAUGUGUUUUUGCAACAGGGUCCAACAUAUUGCACAGCCUUUUGUGUUCUGUGCUAUAUACAGCUCUGUCAUUGGAAAUAAUCAUUGCAUUAUACAACUACUGUCAGCCUGAUACGACAGAUCAACUAAAGCUUUUGUACCGUUUGACACUAAUCUUUGCGCAAUCAUUUUCACAUUUUGUUUAGCUUUCCCUGGGUCUAUUUGCUUUACACAAAAAUAUUAGCUUCAUGAGAAGGUAUACGUUAAAAACGCGUUCAUAUUGUGGAUAGUGGUACUGAAAAUGUCGACAUCAGUAUAUCAUUGAUCAUAACGACUAUUAGUAUCAUUAUGAUAUAUCUGAUUACUUCUGUGAAAGCUUGAAUAAACUUCAGAUUUAGUAAACA